AUGGCAAAGAAAAAAUAAUAAAUUGAAGUUGUAGAAUUUACAGAGGCUGAGAAGAAGGCACUUGAAAAAUUAGAUCAUUCUCAUUUAUUGAUUGAAAUUUAAGUAUUAUAGGAUAGAAUAGAGGAGUUAUAGAAAAAGAUUUACGAAUUAAAUGAAAAUAUAAGGAAGUCUAAUGAGUAGAAUUUGGCUUUGACCUUAAAAAUGGAAUCUGAUAUUAUAAAAAAGGAAAGCGAAUAUAAUGCGCUGCUACAGUAGUAUGAGGACUUAAAAAAAUAAACAACGGAGGAAAUAGAGAGUAUGAUACAGAGAAAGGAUGAAAAAAUCAGAUAUUUGGAGAAAGAAAAAACAGAGUUAGAAAUUAGACACAAAGAUGAAUUAUAAAAAAUAAAUGAAGAGUUGAAAAAGUGGAGUUAAUUCAAAGAAGAAAAAGAAAAUUUAAUAAAGGAAAUACAUGAUUUAAAAGAGGAGAUGAUCAAAAAGGAUUAUGCUCAUCUGGAUGAAUAAAGCAAGGCAAAUAAAAACUUUCUUAAAUAAACACAAAAUUUGACAAAUGUAAAUAAUGCCAAGAUAGAAGAUGUUUAAAGAAAUGCUAAUAAAUUGGCUGAGGAAAAGGUAGCUGCAAAAUAUGAUGGAAUUCUAAAGGAAAAUGAAAAAAUAAAGAGUGAAUUGUUAGAAUACUAAAGAACUUUACAAGUAUAUUAAAAGGAUAAAGAAACUUUCUAAUAGGAAAAUGUCAACUAUAAAUUAAAUCUAAGUAUUAAGGAGGAGUAGGCUCAAGAGUAUUAAAUGAUGAAUCAUCAAUAAACAAUCAAGAUUAAGCAAUUAAAAGAAAGAAUUGAAUAUUUAAAAUCCUACAUUGCUAAUGAAGUUACCAAAUAAACUAAGGAAAUUGAAAUAAUGAAACAUCAAAGUAAUACAAAGGUGUAGGAAUUGGAAAUGCAAUUGAGAAAUUUGAGACACCUUCUUGAUCAAAGGACUAAAGAAUUGAAGACAGUAAAGGCUUUAGCCUAAAUGAUUUUAGAUCAAAGAUCAGAUAUUGAAUAGUUUUUCCUUUAAGCUAUAGAUCAAGUCAAAAAUGAGAUCAAGAAAAAGAACAAAAAUCAAAAGAAUAGUCGCUUACCUGAUAUAUCAUAGAAAUCUCAAAGUCUAGAGUAAAAUAAAGUUGAUAUCAAUGAUUUGGAUUUGGAGGAGAAGGAGAAGUUGUUGAGGAUCCUUUUCUCAAAGAUGAACUAAGGAGUACCACCUAUAAAUUGGAAAUCUUAACUUAGUCAUAGUAAAUCUUAAGUAGAUGCCAGUUCAUUUAGGGAUAACCAAUAUCAAUGAUUGUUGGGGAUAUGAUUAAUAAAUUAUUAUUAUUUAAAAUUGUAUUUAAAGAGAUGA